AUGAUGUAUCUACCUCAACAAUCAUUUCAAUUGUCAGCUCAGUUUGCACCACCUCUUUUACGAAGUCCAAUUCCACCAGAUCCUGGCUAUGGAAAGGAUAUUCGUGUGCCUAGAAAUGCAUACGAUUUUCGUCGGCCCUUACGUCUUCAUGGUUCAGAUGCUAAAACAAUUUAUAAGCGAGCAACUGCUAGUACUGGUGCACCAUUUUAUCUUGAUGUUCAUAGUUCAAAGAGUUUUCAUAAACCAACAAAAAAUCAUUUGAAUGAAAAUUUAAAACGUAUUCGACGUAUCAUGCGAGAAACACAACAACGACAAGCUAGUAAAGAACAAUUCGAACAAACACCGAUGAAAGCACUUCAACAUUCAAAACAAUACGAUCAUAUACAAUCAAAAGUUAAACAAAAACUUGAAGAAGAUACUCAACGUUCAUUAUCACGGCCACAAUCAGCUCAAGGAAACUUUCUUCGUGCACAUGGAAAUACUGGACCACAAUAUCUACGAUCUCAAUCUGCUUGUAAUCUUCGUCGAGCUUCUGUUAAUUCAUCAGUUGAUCUGGCAACAACUCAAGCAGAUAAUAAUAAAACAAAACCUGAUUAUGUGAAAAUAAAUUCUCAAUAUGUUAAAGCCAUUCCAAAAGUGCGUAAAGCUGUAACUGAAAAAGCUAUUGAACAAACUCGAGAAAAAAAUGAAAAAGAAUUGAAAACUUAUCAAGAAAAACAAAAAGGACGUGUGCCACACUACAUUGAAAAAAUUAAAGAAAAACGAGAUGAAGAAAUUUAUCAAGCACAUAUUAAUGCACCUGAUCCUGAAUGUCCUUCGGGUCAUGUUAAAAUCGAUAAUAAUCAACGUGUGUCGACUUUAGCACAACUUCAAUCGAAUCGAGCUGAACUUGAAAAGAAACUUUGUCAUUUACCCAUUCGUAAUGACUCUGUUACACUUCGACGAACUAAAGAAAACAUUGAAAAGAAAAUUAUUGAAUUAGAUGAAGCAAUUCAGAUAUUUUCAAAACCAAAAGUAUUUAUUAAAAUGGAUCAAUAA